AUGGAUGUUGUUGGAAAUGUUCAUGAUGAUGGAACUAAUCCUGAACAACAAGGUGUAGCUUUGGGUUUGAUUUAUCGCAUGGAAAGAUUUGAAUUUGUGUUCAUAUUAUUUUUGAUGAAAAAGGUGUUAGGUAUAACAAAUGGCUUGUCACAAGCCUUGCAAGAGAAAAAUCAAAAUAUAGUGAAUGCUUUAGACAUGGUUGAAGGUGUCAAGUUUAAGUUGCAAUCAUUGAGAGAUGAUGGAUGGGAUGAAUUGUUGGCUAAUGUUUCAAAGUUUUGUGUUGAAAAUGAUAUUGAGAUGCCAAAUAAUAUGGAAGAAAGAUUGUUGGUCCGUGGUCGUCCAAGACGUGAGAAGCAAACCACUACAUAUUUGCACUAUUAUCGUGUUGAGGUUUUUUACUCGGUUCUUGAUAUGAUCAUGCAAGAUAUGAAUACUCGUUUUUUAGAAUCUACUAUUGAAUUGCUUUCUUGCAUAAGUUGCCUUGAUCCAAAACAAUCAUUUUCAAGAUUUGAUCGUCAUCAAAUUAGUUCAGUAUUGCGAGUUGUAUCCGGAAGAUUUCUCAGAAUUGGAUCGAAUGGCAUUAGUAGAUCAAUUAGAGAUAAAAAACAUCUCAGAUAUCCUCUAGUUUAUCGGUUGAUUGAGUUGGCGUUGGUCUCUGCUGUUUCAACUGCUUGA